GACGAUAGACUUGGCGUGAUUCGGUCGAGGCUUAUGAAUGACAAGACGAACGUGGACAUGUUUCUCGACACCGUCCAGCUGCAGAACCCCGCCAACAAGCCGCACCAGGUAGUUGACGAUCGCCAACCCGGCCUUGAGGAUAUCAAGGACAAGGUCGACCAGAUCGCCAACAGACUGUUCCAAAAGCGCGACUGCAACUCUUUCACCGAGGACGAGGACAGCUUAUGGCUCGAGUUCAAGGCCGAGCUCGAAAAGGAAGGAUUUGCUCCCCAAGUCCUACGCAAACACAAGGACAUCCUCCGAGCUUAUAUCCGUGAACUCGAAUCUGUCGGUUACGUCUCUGGUGGCACUUGUCCCACCGUCCGUGGCCUCCUUGAGCGCGAGGCCAAGUCCCAGCCAACCUCGCCCAAGGAGCUUCCAGCUUACGACAGCAACGAAAAGUUCUUCGUUGGUAUGAAGGAUGAGCGAAGAAUGCCUGAGGUCGCUCCGGCUACUCAGUCCUUCUCAUCCUCGCCCCAGGAGCUGUCUGGCGAAUCGAGCAUGGCUCUCAUCUCCACAAAGGAUCUCAUGGCCAUGGAUAGUCUCACCACUGACAUGGCUGGUCUGAUUGUGCAGUCGCCAACCCAGCAGCAUUACAGUCGCUCACCAUCGGACCAAAGGUACCUCAACGCCAACAACACCGGCUCCUACUCUGGCCAUGAGCUGUCCUCUUCGCCAACCUCAAAUCUCGGGGCGUCACCCCGAUCUGUCCCUCCGCUGCCCCCCUAUGUGAACGGCGGUGCUCCACCCGCAUACGGGAGCAGUCCACGGGGUAUGUCCCGCCUGGCUCCUGACCGCUAUGGGAUGGACAUUCUCCCUGAUGCUCAAUGGACAAAGAUCAGACGUACCCUCGUCAGCCCUGAGAUUCUCGAGAGGGCUGGUGUGAGGUAUGAGGCACGUCCUGAUUACGUCGCCGUUCUAGGUCGGCUCUCUCGGGAGCAGAUUAGCGAGUAUGCUCGCCAAAGUGCUGAUGCUCGUGCUGCCCGUUUCGCCGGGGGCCAUUCACGCCGUCGUUCUGACCGUCGUCGACGAGAUGGACAUGGACAUCGAGCCGACUCCAGGAGCAGUCGAGACGACGACGAAAGCGCAGUGUAUGAUUAUAGUGACAGCACCGAUGGCUCUGAAGACGAGGCCAGACGUGAUGAAAAGGGAACAAAAAGCUACCCUGUCAUCGUCAACCCUCCAACGCGGAACAAGACAUCACCCGCAAGCACCGUCCUCCCUAAGCCCAUCCUCAAGAACAAGAACGAGAACCACGUUCGGUUCGAUCCUGAGCCUCAUGAGGUGGACUCCCGCAGCCCCCACUCCCUCAGAGACGACCGCGACCACGACCGUGACCGCCGCAGCGACAGAUCGUCCCGCCGACACCCGCGGGAGAGCUCGCGGCGGUACUCGGACGGAGAGCGGCACCGCGACAGACACGGCGAUUACUACGGCAGCAGCAAACGGCACCACCGAAGCGACCGCCGUGGAUCGAGGCGAGAUGACCGCUCGUCCAAGAAGAAGGCCUGGGGCGAGACGCUUGGGGCCGUCGGCAUUGGCGGCGCGGCUGUGAGCCUUAUAAGUGUGCUCGCUGAGGCUGCGUCCGUCGUGUAGACCAUAUCGAUGGCACUACCACACGCUGUAUGUUGACUGGCUCUUCAAACAGCUCCAUAUCUUAACACUACCUUUUCUUUUGUUGUCUUUCCUUGACUUAUUUCUUUCUUUUCUUAUGGAAUACCUGUCGCUAUGACUUUUACCACAGAGGUACAGACGUGUUUGCUUUUGGAUUACAGGACAUGCAACGCGUAGAAAAUCGGGCGGCUACUACUUGUUGUACGCUUUCGUGUAGGAUUUUCUUUGUACCAUCAUGAUGAAUUUACGAAGGCUUAUGUCUGGGCGGUCGGCGGUGGUCCUUGUGUACGAAAUAUGGAUGAUAGAUACCCGGCGGUUAUAAAUUGGAAGAGGAUCUUAU